GAAAAAAAAUUUAAUUCUCAUCACUCCAUAUCUCAUCUCUCUUUUUAGGUAGUAUAAAGAUUUUGCCUUUACCUUAUUUUAGUUAAAUUUCUCUUCUUCUUCUUACUUUUAUGAUCUUUUACAUUGGAUGAUCGAUCUUGUUUUUUGUUUAUUUCUGUUAAUUUAUUAAUGAUUAACUGCCUAUAAAUAUAUAGAGAGAUUGUACAGUAGUGAUAUGCAUGGAUUAAUUAGAGAGAAGGGUCGUUUUGUUUUGUUUAUUUUAUCAUUUUGGCGGUGGUGGUAGUGGUGGUGGUGGUUGUUGUGGUGGUGAUGGUGAUGUUCAGAUAGUUUAUGUUGCGUAUUGUCAAGAGUUAAAUCAAAAGCGGGCCCUUUUUAAUUGCUGCCUCCUUUCUUGUGUACAAUCUUUCUCUUUGCACUUAUCCGUACACAGACUCAACUAAACCCUAUCUGUUUCCUCCGAAUCUAUCUGCAACCAACAAAAAUAUAUUAAAUAUAAGUCAUCAACUUGCUGUUUUUUUUAAUGUUUUUGGAGUUUUAAAAAGGGAACUGAAAAAAAAUGAAGAGUUUUCAGUUGCAUGUUGAAGAUCUGGUUAAAAACGAAGUAAACCCUAUGCCAACUGCUUGUUUUGAUGGUAUGGAUGAAGAACGGGUUAUCGACGGCGGCGGUUGUGGUGGCAGUGGUGAUGGUGGUGAGAAUAGAGAGAUCUGGAUUGAUAGGGAGCAAGAAGAAUUUCUUGAUUCUUCAAUUUUUUAUGGUGAUUUUCCUCCGCUUCCGGAUUUUCCUUGCAUGUCGUCAUCUUCGUCUUCUUCGUCAACUCCUGCUCCGGUGAAGCCGAUGGCUUCUUCAUCGUCGUCUUCUUCGGCUUCGUCUUCGUCUUCUGCGGCUUCUUGGGCCGUUUUGAAGUCGGACGCUGAAGAAGAUGUUGAUAAGAAGAAUUUCGAUCAUAAUCAUAAUCAAUAUCAGUUUUAUGAUCAAGUGGAACCAUCCACUGCGGCGUUGUCUUCAACUGCUUCCAUGGAAAUCACUCCGCAGUCUGAUCACGGUGGUGCAACAGAAGGUGGCGGUUGCAUGGACGUGAUGGAGAAUUUCGGGUACAUGGAUCUGAUCGAGAGCGAUGAUUUUUUCGAUCCGUCUUCUAUUUUUCAACAGGAUGAGCAUUUCUUAGACGGGUUUAAUCAAGAACAUCAUAGUCUGCAAAUAGAGCAGAAUCGCCGGCCGCAAGACCAUGAACAUGAACAGAUGAUGACACAGACCAAAACGGAAGACACUGGCGCCGAGUCCGACGAUCUGGCGAGUGUGUUCUUAGAGUGGCUAAAGAGCAACAAGGAGAGUGUUUCAGCAGAAGAUUUGAGGAAGGUGAAAAUCAAGAAGGCAACAAUAGAGUGUGCUGCGAAGCGAUUGGGCGGUGGUAAAGAAGCUAUGAAACAGUUAUUGAAACUUAUUCUUGAAUGGGUUCAGACUAAUCAUCUUCAAAAAAGGCGAAUCAAAGAAUCGUCUUCUACGAAUGAUCUUUCGCAACAAAACCCUAAUCCGAUUCCUACUGCAAACCCUAAUUUUAAUGAGCAAUCACCAAAUUGUUUCACUCACUCUCCUUGGAUUGCACCGCCGCCACCUUAUGAUCCGAUGACGGUCAUGCCUGGUUUUUCACCUAUGGUUGGUUAUAAUAUGGGUGACCCGUUUUGUAAUGGAGCUUCCAAUAUGGCUGGCCACUCUUACCCGCCACAACAACCAGAUUAUCACAUGCUUGAAUCUGCACAAUCUUGGCCUGCUUCACAAUUCGGUUUGCCUUCACAUUAUUCGCCAUUUCCGGACAAUAAUCUUCAGUCUAUACCAGGGCACGCUCCCGUUUAUCCCGGUUAUGGAAAUCAAUACCCGUGUGCGUAUCUCCCCGGACAAGGUGGUGAUAGGUUGAUGAGAUUAGGCUCUUCAGCAACUAAAGAAGCAAGGAAGAAAAGAAUGGCUAGACAACGGAGGUUUCUGUCGCAUCACCGGAAUCACAGUCUUCACAAUAAUCACCAAACUCAGGGCUCAGACCACCAUGCACAGCUCGCAAAUGAUAAUGUUGUGCCGGCAACUCCUCAAGCUAGCCACCCUGGGAAUUGGGUGUAUUGGCCAACAACCGCACCGGCUGUUGGUUCCAUUCCGCCGUCGGCUAUUGUACCUAUGGAUGCACCACCUUUGCAUACAGUAGAUCGGACUGUCAUGCAAACCAACCCGAAUCUUCAGCGGCAACAACCUACACCGGAGAGGCGACAGGGAUGGAAAUCUGAGAAGAAUUUGAGGUUUCUUCUUCAAAAAGUGUUGAAGCAGAGUGAUGUGGGUAAUUUGGGAAGAAUAGUGUUGCCAAAGAAAGAAGCAGAAACUCAUCUGCCAGAACUGGAGGCAAGAGAUGGAAUUUCUAUAGCAAUGGAGGAUAUAGGAACUUCUCGUAUUUGGAACAUGCGCUAUAGUUUCAGAUUCUGGCCGAACAAUAAAAGCAGGAUGUAUCUCCUUGAAAACACUGGAGAUUUUGUGAAAACAAAUGGACUCCAAGAAGGAGAUUUCAUAGUGAUCUACUCAGAUGUCAAAUGUGGCAAAUAUUUGAUACGAGGAGUGAAGGUGAGGCAAGCUGCAGCAAUCGGAGCAAAACCCGAAAGCAAGAAAUCAGCAAAAUCACAAAGAAAUAAUGGGAAUGCAAAUGCAAGUUCAUCAUCAUUCCAUCAAACACAGACUCAAACAGUAAAGUAAAAAAGAAAAAAUAAUCAAUACGACAGAGUCCCAGUCUCUCUCCUUCAUGCAUGAAACUAGGUCGACAAGUGUACGGUGAAGUUUUUCAAAAGUAACCCUAGAUUCUCUGCACUAUCCACUCACAGUUCAACAAAAGUAUGUAGUUUGGUACGCAGAUCACAACCGCCCGAUGCUAUUAUGGAGGCGAUUAUAUAUCUUAAUCAACGGGCUCAAAUCAUGUGUUUUUGAGGGGAUAUAUAUCUAUAAUAUAUAGUAUGUAAUAUGAUAUUAUGAUAUAAUUAUUGAUGUUAAUGUGUUGUUAAUUAGGAGUUCGAUCUCUAUGAUGGUUGAUCAUUUGGAGAUAUGACUAUUACCAACCGAUGUUGUGCACUUGGUAAUUGUUGAUAUA